AUGCAAGAGAAGUACGUAUUUCCUAAGCAUGUGAAACGCGUGUGUGUUAUUGGGGCUGGAGCAGCUGGUCUUGUGAGCGCAAAAAACUUGAGAGACGAAGGGCUCGAGGUUAAAGUGUACGAGCGAAACGCACAACUCGGGGGAGUUUGGUGUUAUUUCGAUAAACCAGAUGCAAGAUUGACUUUUCCACAAACUUCACCUUUUUUUGACAUCUUAAUGGAAGUUCCUUCAACAUUACCUGCAAAAACUAUUCAUAUCAACAACAAAAAUUCUCACGAAAAUAAAGUUCCUGAAGAGUAUCCAACUCCAACGUAUAAAGAUUUGUUUGUCAAUCUUCCUCAUCAAAUAAUGAGUUAUGUAAACUUACCUUUUCCCGAAAACAUCCCAAUGUUUCCACAUUACACGGUAAUCACAAAAUAUUUGAUAGAUUUUGCGGAAAAUCACAUGUUGAUAGACUUAGUUGAAUUUCAAACAUCUGUAGAACGUGUCCGAGAAAAUGAAUGGAAGGAUGGUUGGAAAGUUGUGUUACGCCAUUACAAGAAAAAAAGUGGUUCGGAAGGUGAGAUCGAAUGUUAUUGGCGUGAAGAAGAAUUUGAUGCAGUUUUGGUGUGUAAUGGACAUUAUCAUGUUCCAUAUGUGCCUGAAAUUGAAGGGCUGGAUGAGUGGAAUAAACAGUUUUCUGACGUUCUGUAUCACUCAAAAUAUUUUCGAGAACCUAAUGAUUUUAUUGAUAAGACGGUGUUAAUUGUUGGUGGUGGCUUGUCAGCAAUAGAUAUUAGUCGGAUACUCGUGCGUAUCAGCAAAAAACCCGUUUACCAAUCUAUUCGUUCUUCUUCUACGUUAGCAGACUUCGAUGAAAAAACCUCAAUAAUAAUUAAGCCUGUAAUCAAAAGAUUCAGCAUCGUGGGCAAUAAUUAUAGCAAAAAAGGUAUUAUCGAGUUUAUAGAUGGUAGUACCUUGGGUGAUGUUGACGCGAUAAUAUUCGCAACUGGAUAUUUCUACAGUUUUCCAUUCCUUCGAGAUCUUGUUUACUUGCCUUCUGUUAAUGGCAAUAGUAAUAACAGUGAGAAUCAUGAUAUGCAGGACUUGCCUGAAAACAAAAUACUGAUAAAAAAUGGUAAAGGCGUAUUUAAUUUAUAUAACCAUAUUUUUUAUAUUCCUAACCCCACUUUGUCAUUUAUCGGUCUGCCACUUCAUGUUUCGCCAUUUCCCUUAGCACAAUUUCAAUCUCUCUUUGUUGCAAAAGUUCUCGCGGGAAAGGCUUUUCUUCCAUCUCAGGAAAAAAUGCGUCAAGAGUCCAAAGAAGAAGAAUCGAAAAUUCUAGAAAUCUUAAAACAAAAUUCAAAAGUCUCGGCCCAAACUAUCGCGUUACCCGAACACUUAUUUCAUCGUUUUGGGAGUUUAGGGGUGGAAAGAGAGUAUCAAUACAUUGAUGAUUUAAUAGAGUGGAUAAAUCGGGAUGCAUUUAUUGGAAAUACACAGAUCGUUAAUGAUGAGGAUAUUGCUAAAGUAGAUGUUGCCGUUGAAAAGAUACCGUUAUGGAGACUUGAGAUGCGACGUAUGUUAGCUUCGCUGAGAAUAGAGCAUCAUCGAUAUUAA